UGGUAGACUUUUCAGGUAUCAUUAUCCCCUCUUGAUGACCUUCUGCAGAGAUAUGGAUGUCCUCUAUUCAAUCUUCAUCACCGUUUUAACCUUAACGCUGGUUCUAUUGAUACCAGUUGCAGCUUUGGUACUCAAAUUUUUCAUCGAAAAAUUUAUCAGAAACAAGAAAUACCCGCCAGUGGUUGGAACUGUGUUUCAUGAACUCUUUUACUUAGACAGACUCUACGAUUACCAAACAGAACUGGCAAAAAGACAACCCACUGUUAGAUUCCUUGGCCCGGAUCAGAGUGAAAUAUACACAACUGAUUCGAGAAAUGUCGAGCACAUACUUAAAACCAACUUUUAUAAGUAUUCAAUAGGCACAAAUAAUCAAGAUAUAGUAACAGACUUAUUUGGCCAAGGAAUCUUUGCUGUAGAUGGUGAGAAGUGGAGGCAGCAGAGGAAGCUAGCAAGCUUUGAGUUCUCAACAAGGGUUUUGAGAGAUUUCAGCUGCACAGUUUUCAGAAGAAACGCAGCAAAAUUGGUUGCAAAAGUUGGUGAGCUUUCUCAGGCCAGCCAAGUUUUUGACAUACAUGAAUUGCUAAUGAGAUGCACGCUGGAUUCAAUAUUCAAAGUUGGAUUUGGAGUAGAUCUGAAUUGCCUUGAAGGAUCAGGCGACGAGGUGACCAAAUUUAUCAGGGCCUUUGAUGACGCAAAUGAACUAAUAUACUGGCGCUAUGUCGAUCCAUUCUGGAAGCUCAAACGGUACCUCAAUGUUGGCUGUGAAGCGUCCCUUAAACAGAACAUCAAAGUCAUCUAUCAUUUCGUAGAUGAGUUGAUCAAGACCAAGAGGAAACUGUUAGAGCUGCGAAAUGAUUUUAAUGACAAGGAGGACAUCCUCUCAAGGUUUCUGGUGGAAAGCAGGAAGGAUCCAGAGAAGAUGACUGAUCAAUAUCUACGGGACAUUAUUCUGAAUUUCAUGAUUGCAGGAAAAGAUGCUACUGCAAACACUCUUUCAUGGUUUUUCUAUAUGCUUUGCAAGAACCCUCUGAUCCAGGAAAGAGUUGCAGAGGAGGUGAAAGAUGUUACAGGCAAUCAGUGCAGUGAAAAUAGUAUUGAUGAUUUUAUGGCAAGUAUUACUGACGAAAUACUAGAGAAGAUGCAUUAUCUUCAUGCAACCCUGACUGAGACCUUGAGGCUAUAUCCUGGAGUUCCAGUGGACGGAAGGUGCGCAGAUGCUGAUGACAUUCUUCCUGACGGUUCUCAAGUGAAACAAGGGGAUGGUGUUUACUACAUGUCCUAUGCGAUGGGCAGGAUGCCUUACAUUUGGGGAGAAGAUGCUGAGGAUUUUCGACCUGAAAGAUGGCUCAAGAAUGGAAUCUUCCAACCUGAAUCGCCAUACAAAUUCGUAGCUUUCCAUGCUGGACCUCGAACAUGUUUAGGCAAAGAUUUUGCUUAUCGCCAGAUGAAGAUACUGUCAGCGGCCCUUCUUUACUACUACAAGUUCAGAUUAGGUGAUGAUGCAGCAAGGGUAACUUACAGAACAAUGUUUACACUGCACAUCAAAGGAGGCCUUCAUAUUCAAGCUAUUACAAGAACUGGCCUGAGGAAAACAUAAUUGCAGGCACCUUAUAGCCAAAUACUAUGAUGAAGUUGUACAGUUUGACAGUAUUAAUCAUAGUGUACGUGAGGCAAUGAAGCACUUAUGUAGCUUCCAUCAAUAUAUAAGACUUGAUUGUGUGGUCUUAGACAAAAGUUGAUUGUUAUUUGAGCAAUCUCUAGUUGAAUAACGGAACACAAGUUAUACCAAAGAGCUACAGGUAAGUUCUAUCGAG